GUCUGGCUCUGUGCGGCACCCGCUGCUCGGCCAGAGCGCGCCUUGGCCUCCGCACACCCGCAACCCCUGCCUCCUGCCUCCUGCCACCUGCCCCCUGCCCGACCGGCCCACCCUCCGUGCCCACCCCCUCCGGUGCCCACCCCCUCCGGUGCCCACCCCCUCCGGUGCCCUCGGCCAUGGGUGUGGAGGGCUGCACCAAGUGCAUCAAAUAUCUGCUCUUCGUCUUCAACUUCGUCUUCUGGCUGGCCGGAGGGGUCAUCCUGGGGGUGGCCCUGUGGCUUCGCCAUGACAACCAGACGUCCAGCAUCCUCUACCUGCAGCUCGGGGAGAAGCCGGCCCCCAGCGCCUUCUACAUGGGAAUCUACAUCCUGAUCGCCGUCGGGGCCGUGAUGAUGUUCGUCGGGUUCCUGGGCUGCUUCGGGGCCAUCCAGGAGUCGCAGUGUCUGCUGGGCACGUUCUUCACGUGUCUCGUGAUCCUGUUUGCCUGUGAGGUGGCCGCCGGGAUCUGGGGCUUUGUCAACAAGGACCAGAUCGCCAAGGACGUGAAGCAGUUCUACGACCAGGCGCUGACCCAGGCCGUGAUCGACGAGGACACCACCAACGCCAAAGCCGUCGUCAAGACCUUCCACGAGACGCUGCAAUGCUGUGGAGCCGACUUGCUGAGCACCCUGACCGUCACCCUCGUCCAAAAGAGUCUCUGCCCAGAUGGCAAUGCCAAACUGAUACACUUCACGAGCAACUGUCACCAGAAAAUCGACGAGCUCUUCUCCGGCAAACUGUACCUCAUCGGAAUCGCCGCCAUCGUGGUGGCCGUCAUCAUGAUCUUCGAGAUGAUCCUGAGCAUGGUGCUGUGCUGCGGGAUCCGCAACAGCUCCGUGUACUGAGCCCGCGGGGGCCCCCCGGGACGGUACGCCUGUGUACAUAGACCCGUCCCCCCCACCCCCCCAAAACCACUCGACACCUAGCCUUUCUACCGGCCUUUCCCGGUCCCGUUUAUAAAGGAACGCCCGCCUGCCCCCGCGCCGCCCCCCGCCCCGGCCCGGCCCCUCGCCCCGUCCGCCCCCCGGGACCCGGGCGGCCCCGGCCGGGGGGGACGGCGGAGGGGAGGGGGACGCGGGGAGAGCGGCCCCCGUCCUCCGGGUCCGGGGGGGACCACCCUGAGCCCUGCGGGGCGGGGAGGGGGCCCCUCCCCGACACCCUCGCCCCCGACCCGGCCCGGACGACGCUUCCCCCCCGCUCAGCCCGGCUCGCCGCCCGCCCCCCGCCAAAUCCCCGGGGUCGGGGCGGGGGGGGGCGUCCGCUCUCCCAGACCCUCUCUUCCCCGGGGUCGGGGGGGAGACGGACCCCCUUCCCUCCCCGGUCGCCCCCCUCGCUGAAUACGAAGAAAAAUUAAAAGUCGUUUAAAACCCGAA